ACCCAUCAUCAUGGUUACAAAAUAGCUUUAGCAAUCAUGAAUGGUCUAUAAUCAAAGAUACAUCUCAUUCUCAUUAUAAACAGUUUCAAACCAGUAACUGUCACUUGCUGAAAUCUGGUGAAAUCAGAGACAUUUUAAAUCAUUUUAAACGCAUACAUCAUCUUAAAGAUUAUUUAUUAGAAGACGAAGAAGUGAUUGAAGGAACAUGGACCUCUGAUGGUAUAAUUACACCUUUGAAGAUUGCAUCUUGUGCAAUACCUGAUAUAAGAUUGUACAGCCCAGAAAAACAAUCUAAAGCAUCAAAAAGAAGACGCAUCAUUAGCAAAAGUGAUAAUUUAAAUCUUGACAAAGAGAAUUUGAAUUCUCAAAAGAAACGAGAACCUAUAGUUGGGGAAAUUGCAUAUUCACCAUGGGAUGAGGAUGAUAUAAAAACAAGAAAUGAUCAAUUAAAGCUCUACAGAAUGAUGAAAGAUUUAUUUGAUGAUAUUAUGAAAACCAAUAUUCUGAAAUAUGAUAAAUUUGUAACAGCUGAUAUGUUUAAGUCACUGGAAAUAUAUGGAAUUUUGAUAAAGGGCUUUCAAAUGUUUGUUUUUGUAUUAGACAAACCUGGAUUUGGGUUGUAUAGAAUUCGCAAAGUUGAUGAACUCACGAUCCCUGUGAAAGAAAAAAAUGAUGAUGUUAUAAAAGUUUAUGAAUCUUUGAUGUUUGCUGUUAAAAAAACCAAAGAAUUCAUUGAUGAGUUACAUGAGAAUUUAAGAACUAAGAAGAAGGAAGAUAAUGAUCCUUGGUUACUUUCAUCUAUGCCACCAACUUGCAAAUCACCUAUAAGAUAA